AUGUAUCCGUGUCCCGCCAACUCGACCAUCUGGUUCGUCGACGACCAGGGUUUCGUCGUCGACCAGGGUUUCGUCGUCGUCGACCAGUGCUUCGAACACAGCUAUGCCGUCGGCAUCCUCCCGCUGGCCCUGAUCGUCGCUGCUGUCCUCUGGGCCGCCAAGGACAUUGUCCAUCCCGCCGCCUCCUCGGACGGCUCCGACACCGCCCUCAUCAACAGCGAAGAUGGAUCCACCCGCAACCGCUACGGCGCCAUCCCUGCCGCCGACCAGCCUGCUCCUCCCGCCGUCGUCGCCCAGAAUCCGGCCCUCAAGUGGACCUGUCUGGCUAUCCUCGUCCUCGAGCUGGCUGUCUCUGUCGCUACCACAUUCCAGGACCUGAGCCAGUCUGGUUCUGGCUCCUUCGUCUUCUUUGGCUCGGCUGCCUGGGCUCUUGCAUGGGCCAUCGCAACCAUCGUCUUUGCCGCCUCGACCGGUCCCGUCCCGGCCAGCAUCCGCCCCAAGCUGAGCAGCCCCAUCCAGCCCUUUGCCCUCGGCUGUGCCGUCCUCAAGGCUCUCCAUCUCCACAACACCCUGCUCAGCAACAGCGGCGAUGCCGUCGCCCCGAUCGUGCUCGCUGUUGUCCUGAGCACCAUCCUGUCUGUGGCCAACUUUGCUCUGCGUCUGAGUCUGCGCGAGCAGGUCGAAUCGCUGCACAUUGUGAAGCUCAAGGGCCCCAAGAACACCGAGAUGCUCCCUGCCCCCGAGCCCGAGUCCACCUGGUUCGAGAACCUGUUCUUUGUCUGGAUGGACGGCCCUCUCAGCCGCGGCUACAAGACCCCCCUGACCAAGAAUGACCUCUUUGACCUGCUCGAGCGCAACAAGUCUGCCAGAGUCAACCAUGUCUACCGCGAGCAGUACAAGAACAAGCACAAAAGCCUCAUCUCUGGCCUGUUCAUGAUGGAGAUUGUCAGCUUCACCAUUCAACUAUUCUUGGGUAUCAUGGUUGCGUUUCUCAUAUUCGCUCCCGCUGGAUGCUUAUACCAAAUCAUGAAUUACAUCCAGAACCCGAACGGCCGCCCCGUUACCGUUGGCUUCUUCUGGGUGUUCAUGUCGUUGGUCUCUGGACUCAUGUGUGCAAUGGUUGAUGCGCAGCGCUUGAACGCCACGCACGACAUGAGCUAUCGCGUACGUGCUGUCCUGAUCAACGAAAUCUUCCAGAAAUCUCUCCGCCGCAUCUCUGCCAAGGGCAAAUCCAAGAAGGACGAGGACCAGUCGGCGGGCAAGCUCGUCUCGCUCAUGUCCAUGGAUACCGAGAAGCUGGCCAUGGGCAGCGCCGCUCAAAGUCCUACAGAGGCCCUCAUGGAGAAGGCCGACAAACGCAACACCCGGACCCUCGAGGCUCUGCAGGCCAUUCGCAUCAUCAAGUUCUUUGCCUGGGAGCCACAGUUCCUCAAGCGCAUCGGCGAAGCCCGCAAUGCUGAGCUCCGCGAGCUCAUUUCCUUCUUUGUCACGAUUGGCCUCAGUGUCAUGCUCUGGUCGUUUGUGCCGGUGAUUGUUGCGGUUGUUACCUUCCUGAGCUACACCCUGAUCGCUGGCCACGACAUGGAUGCCACCACGGCAUUCACUUGCCUCAGUCUGUUCAACGCUCUCAAGUUCCCUCUGACGGCUUUCCCUGACACACUUUCGGAGGCAAACCGUAUCGAAAAGUUCCUGAACGAGCCCGAGCUCCAAAACCUGUUCAAGAAGCAGUCGCAGCAGACCUCCGAGACCACGCCGCUCCUCGGCUCGGAGCAGCCGGCUUCUGGCGCGGACGACUCGUCCGAGCCCAAGUUUACCCUGCGCGGCCUCAAGAUCAGCUUCCCUCUCGGCAAGCUCAGCACCAUCUGCGGCUCCACCGGCUCCGGCAAGUCCUCGAUCAUCCAUGCCCUCCUCGGCGAAAUGAAGUCGCUCCAGGGCAGCGCCAACCUGACCCGUCUCACUCGCAGCCACCGCUCCAAGGGCGGCAUCGCCUUUGUCGCCCAGACCGCCUGGCUCGCCAACGCCACGAUCCGGGACAACAUCCUGUUCGGCGAGCCCUACGACCAGCUCCGAUACGCCCGCGUGAUCGAAGCCUGCGCCCUGUCCAAAGACCUUGCCUCCUUCGAGUCCGGGGACCUGACCGAGAUCGGCGAGAAAGGUAUCAACCUGUCGGGCGGCCAGAAGCAACGAGUCUCGCUCGCCCGCGCCGCGUACUCCCGGGCCCACUACAUCCUGCUGGACGAUCCGCUCUCAGCCGUCGAUGCGCCCACAGCCAAGCAUCUCUUUGACAAUCUGGCCCUUCCCGCCACCGACUACCUCGUCGUCAUCAACCAGGGCCAGAUCCUCGACCAUGGCUCGGUCGCCGAGGUCUCCCAGAACCGCGAGGUCGAGACCAUCAUCGCCAAGGAGAACCUCGAGGCACUCGACGUCGACCUCACCGACGAGGAGCUCCUGAGCCGCAACUACUCCAACGGCAAGACGCCCGAAGACGCCAAGAAGCUCAUCGAUGCCGAGGCUUCCAGAACCGGCGCAGUCCAGGGCAGCGUCUACUACUUCUAUCUGACUGCGGCAGGCGGCUUUGGUGUCAUCGUCGCCUACCUCGGUAUAAUUCUUGUGCAGCGAUCGGCCCAAGUGCUGGCCGACUACUGGCUCAAGGUCUGGGCCGAUGCCUACAACCAUGCCAACGAACUCAACACGAUGUUUGCCGUGACGCUCUCGGCCCCGCUGUCCCUCAGCUUCCUCAACCCAGUCUCAGGCAACGACAGCAACACCCUUGUCGAUGGAUCGUCCGGCCAGUCCGUCAAUGUUGCCUACUGUGUCCUUGUGUACGCCCUCAUCAAUUCGUGCGUCCUCUUUCUCAUCAUCACCAACUUUGCCUAUCGCAGCUGGGUUGGCUACAAGGCUGCCAAGAAGCUGCACGACCAGCUCAUCACCCGCAUCAUGUAUGCGCCGGUGCGCUGGUUCGAUGUCACCCCGCUCGGCCGCAUCACCAACCGCCUCUCCAAGGACAUUGGAACCAUCGACCGUAACCUGAUCAACACAUGCGCACGGUUUUUCCUUAUCCUGGCGAGCGCCACCACCACCCUCAUCGUCAUCGGCACCGUGACACCGAUCUUCCUCGCCGUGAUUCCCUUUGUUGCCUACAUCUACUACAGGAUUGCAAUCUACUACCUGGCUUCUAGUCGCGAGCUCAAGCGUAUCCACAGUAUUAGUCGCAGCCCCAUCUACAGCACCUUCAGCGAGUGUCUCGUUGGCGUGUCGACCAUCCGCGCCUAUGGACACGAGGCCCGAUUCAUCGAGGACAACAUGAUCAAGGUCGACACCAGCAACCGAGCGUAUCGCACGCUGAUGCACUCAAAUCGGUGGCUGUCGGUCCGGAUUGCCCUGGUCACCUCGUUGAUCACUUUCACUGCCGGUGUCGCCAUCAUUUGGUCCAAGGACCUGAUCGGUGUGGGCCUUGCCGGUCUCAGCUUGACCUGGGCAGCCACCAUCGCAGAGAGUCUGCUUCGCAUCGUUCGUAUCCACUCACAGAUGGAGCUGAACAUGAACUCAGUCGAGCGUGUGCACGAAUACCUCGAGAUUGACCAGGAAGCCCCCGCCGUCAUCGAGACAUCGCGUCCUCCUCCCGGCUGGCCUGCCAAGGGCCACGUCCAGUUCAACGACGUUGUCGUCCGCUAUGCCCCCGACCUGGAUCCCGUCCUCCGCGGGGUGUCCUGCGAGUUCAAGGGCCGCACCAAGGUCGGCGUCGUGGGACGGACCGGCGCGGGCAAGUCCACGCUCACCCUGGCGCUGUUCCGCAUCAUGGAGCUCUCCGGCGGCAGCAUUGUCAUUGACGGCGUCGACAUCUCCAAGAUUGGGCUGCGCGACCUCCGCCAGAAGCUCACGAUCAUCCCGCAGGAUCCCGUUCUGUUCACGGGCGACAUCCGCAGCAACCUCGAUCCCUUUGGCGAGCACUCGGACGACCGGCUCUGGUCGAUCCUGGAGCGCGUGCGGUUCCUGAACACUCUGCAGGCCAAGCUGGACGGCAGUUCGUCGAGCGACAACCUGCCCGCGCAGACAUCCGAGAACCAAGGCCAGACCCAAGUCCAGGGCCAGAACACCCGUGCCGCCGCCGAGGCGUCCGGGUUCUCCCUCGACACCUCUGUCUCCGAGGGCGGGUCCAACUUUAGCCAGGGCCAGCGCCAGCUGCUGUGCCUGGCCCGAGCGCUGCUCAAGGAGUCGGCCAUCACCGUGCUGGACGAAGCCACGGCCUCGGUCGACAACGAGACCGACGCCUUCAUCCAGGAGACGAUCCGCGGAUCCGAGUUUGCCAACUCGACAGUGGUGUGCAUCGCCCACCGCCUCCGCACGAUUGCCGACUACGACUCGGUGCUGGUCCUCAGCCACGGAGAGGUGGCCGAGUUUGGCACGCCCUUUGAGCUGAUGCAGCGCGAGGACGGAGUCUUCCGCAAGAUGUGCCAGGACUCGGGCGAGUUUGAAGAGCUCGAGAAGAUGGCCCGAGCCAGGGAUCAAGCCAAGAAGGCCCUCUGAGCCCGCCCUCAUCCCGGCCAGUGUGCUGGUCAACAACAAUCCGAGCGGGUGCCCAGCUGCUGUGAUUUGUGAUUUCUGUUUUUGUUAUUGUGUUGGGAUACCGGACUGGUUGGAGCACUGUGCCUAUUGGACACCGAUGUGCUUGUGUGGUUGACUGCUUGUGAGUGAUUGGAUGUUUCAGUGUGCCGUUCUGGUGGAAUGGGGUGGUUUUUGGUAGAUUCGAUCGCUCGACUGAGAGCUCUGUCAAAUGAGAGUCUUUGUGACAUCUAUGAUAUUUCUUAUGUUCAUUCAAAUCAGAAUGCCCCAUGAAUGAUAAUAAACAACCGACUUGGCGACGACAUCCCAGAUUGUU